CCUGACCAAUGAAAUACGGGGGUGAUCAUUGCUGUUAGAUUGAGUACUUGCGAGGCUAGAGUAACAAGAUCUCUGCGAGAAAGCAGCGAACAGACCUAAUGACCCAGCAUGCGAAGCAAGGCUCUCCAGUGACAUGGACAAGUACGAAAAGGUUACAAAAAUCGGGGAAGGCUCGUUUGGAAAGGCCAUCCUUGUGAAAUCCAAACAGGAUGGACGCCAGUAUGUCAUCAAGGAGAUUGGCAUAUCUGGAAUGUCAAGUAAAGAGAGGCAGGAAUCUCGCAGAGAGGUGGCUGUUCUUGCCAACAUGAGUCAUCCCAACAUYGUCCAGUAUAAGGAGUCUUUUGAAGAACGGGGAUGUCUGUAUAUUGUGAUGGACUACUGUGAGGGUGGAGACCUCUUCAAAAAGAUCAACUCCCAGAAAGGAGAACUGUUCCAGGAACCCCAAAUCCUGGACUGGUUUGUGCAGAUUUGCCUGGCACUGAAGCAUGUGCAUGAUCGAAAAAUUCUCCACAGGGACAUUAAAUCACAGAAUAUAUUUUUGACUAAAGAUGGGACAGUUCAGCUUGGGGAUUUUGGUAUUGCCAGGGUCCUGAACAGCACUGUAGAUCUGGCGAGGACAUGCAUAGGGACGCCAUAUUACUUAUCACCAGAGAUUUGCGAAAACAAACCGUACAACAACAAAAGCGAUAUUUGGGCCCUAGGCUGUGUCCUGUAUGAAAUGUGCACUCUUAAGCAUGCAUUUGAGGCUGGCAACAUGAAGAACUUAGUCCUGAAGAUAAUCCGUGGCUCAUACCCGCCAGUGUCUGUUCACUACUCCCAAGAACUUCGGUCUCUCUUGGCACAGCUGUUUAAACGUAACCCUCGAGAGAGGCCCUCAGUCAGCGCUAUACUGGACAAACCUUUCCUUUUUUGCAGGAUAGAGAGGUUUCUCACACCUCAGGUAGAGAUCAUUGCUCAGGAAUUCAGCCAUAGUUUUCUUCACAAGCAGCCUAAAAUGGGUGUGACGCAAAUGCUGUCAGCUCCAGCCCAGAAAAUUACAACCCCAGCCUGCAAAUAUGGAGUGCCUUUAACAGUGAGGAAGGUUGGAGGUGGAGCCAAAAAGCAUACAGAGAGGAAAGCAGCUGUGAAACACAACCUGGCCCCUCUCCCAGCAGCUCCUCAGAGAAGAGUCAGUCAAGUGGAGGAGGAAAGAAAAAAACACGAGGAGGGCAUCAGAAAGAAAAGGAUGGAGCUGAUUGAGAAACAAAGAAAACAGAGAGAACAGGUGUUCCUGCUGAAAGCAGAGCAAAUUAAGAGAACUGAGAAGGAAAAGAUCACUCGUGUAAACCAAGCCAGAGAACAAGGCUGGAAGCAUGUGUUGAGCUCAAGCGGGGGUAGCAGCCCUGAGAGGAAGGGUUUUAUGGGAUGUAAGAGGCCUGCAGGUGUUGCCCCUGCUGUCCCAGGCUCAGUUUUUGCCCCUGCUCCRUUCUCCAUCCCCAGCAAGAGACCAUAUGAACACAACUAUGUUGCUCUGGACCAAAUCUCUAAAUCACAGCCUAAAGACGGCRGGGAGGGAGUCUCUGCAGGACCGGGCAGUCCUAGUCGAGGCAUCCCAGCAGGUCCAGCACUGCCCAAUGGCCCUGCCCACCUGAACCCCGACACAGUCAUGAGAGAACUCCACAAGUUGCAGCAUGUUUCAAAAAAAAACCACAUUAGCCGGCAGCGUGCUCAGGCCUUUCAGGUUGAGGAGUUCCUGCAGAGGAAGAGAGAAGCUAUGCUCAACAAAGUGCGUGCUGAAGGACAGUUGGGCACUCGACAAAACCUGGCUGCAAUCUAUGGAAGCCGAGCUGGUGCGGCUCGGUGCAGACGACCAAAGGUCAACAAAGAGGAGGAGGAGUACUUGGCGAGACUCAGGCAGAUCCGUUUGCAGAACUUCAAUGAGCGUCAGCAGAUCAAGGCCCGGCUGAGAGGAGAGAAGUAUGACAGCGACGGCUCUGAUAGCCAGGAGUCGAACGAGGAGGCGGAGCUCAGGAGAAAGAAGAUGGAGGCUUUGAAAGCUCAGGCUAACGCCCGCGCUGCUGUGCUUAAGGAGCAGCUGGAGAAGAAGAGGCAAGAAGCGUAUGAGAGAGAAAAGAGAGCCUGGGAAGACCAUCUUUCAGCGGCUCGGGCUGUGAAGUUGGGCGCUGCAGCUGGGAGUGCAGCAGCACUUGAAGCAUCUACCUCUGACGGUCCUCUUCCAGAACCUCACUCUUCCCAACAAGAACCGUGUGCCAAAGCUUCAGCCCUGCCUGCACCCCAGCCCUCCACCCCAGCUAUAUCCAUGACUGCUGCCCUGAAGAAUGUUGGAGCGAUCACUUCGCUGAAAGAAAACUCGAAUCAACCAGAAACGGUGACAGUGAUCCAGAGUGAAAAGAAGGAGAUUCUGCGUAGACUAAACCAGAACCUAAAAGCUCAGAGCUCGGUGGGCGAGGUGGAGGGGUCUCCUGUGGACCAGCAGAGUCAGCCUGAAGCUGACAAACGUCCCUCUUCAAAUGGAGAUCGGAAGAAGUGGGAAGCAGCACAGCUACACACACUUCCUGAGCCUCAAACCUUUGAAGAGACCUGUGCCAAUUCAGCCACAUUUCCUGAGGACAGGCCAUCCUCUGGUGGGGACAGGAGGAAGUGGGAGGCUGGCAUUCCUCUCAUUCUCUCUGUUGGCCAACAAACCUUAGAGGAAACAUGCGUCACUACCAUCAAUCAAACAGCAGGUGAGGUCAUACAGAUGGGUGAACUACAAGCAGAAGCUCCUAGGAAGAUGUGGGGAGCAAGUCCAGCAAGUCACGAGCUUCAGGGGACGGAGCUUCCAGAGGUGGUGCUUCGAGAGGCGGAGCUUCCAGAGGUGGCGUUUCGAGAGGCGGAGCUUCAGGAGGCGGAGCUUUUGCAGCUUGCCCAGCAGCUGGGGACCGACUCCUCGUCUAAAAAUAAGUUUUCCAGUCCUGCAGCUGAUGUUGAGAAAACGCUCAGAGGACUGACGUCAGCCGUGGAUCAGAACCUAGCUGUGGUGGAUGCACCACUGCCCCCCACCUCCACUGAUCUUCAGGACCCAGCAGAUCUGGAGUCAGUGGUGUUGGGGGAGAGUUCCACACAAGUCUCAAUCCCUCCAGCCAGUGUUCAGCAAGCCUGGGAGACUGAACUGCACAUGCCACCUGAGGGCGCAACGAGACCAACAGACACCACGGAGGCUGAGGAGAGCRCAGAGAAACCAACUGAGUCAUCAUGUUCAGCUCAGCACGAGGAGCCGCUGUUCAUCAAGUGCUCGCCGGCCCACCGACGCACCGCUGCCCUCGCGGUCCUCUCUGCCCAGUCGUCCGUGGAUGAAUCCUCCUCCUCUCUGGCCUCUCGCUCACGAUCCGUCUCACCUCUGCGCUCCAAGAACCAGAACGCCCUCCUUAUCAGUCUCUCUACGGGCAUGUUUGAUGCCAACAACCCAAAAGUGCUGCGGACGUGCUCGUUACCAGACUUCAGUCGACUCUUCGGCUCGCAGCAGGACUUCGCAGUGAGCAGUAAGGCUGACGUGGCCCCAGACAAACACCUGGAAAUUGAGGACCUGGACGAGGCAGCUAAAGAUGACGACCAGUCUGAGGCUGAGGAUGGAUAUGAAGAUGAAGAUCUGCGGGACAUCAGGGCCUCCAUGGAGAGGCUGCUGCAGGAAGAGGGCGACAUGGCGAGGAGCCCUCCAGUUGUAGAAGCAGGAGACUUUAAYGGGAACCCUCCAGAGGACGGAAACCAAGAACUUCUCCACACAAUCGCUGCUGAGAUCGAUCGGGACAACAGUCAGAUGGCUGUGGAUAAUGACGACGAGGAUGACGAGGAUGAUGAAGAGGACGAGGAUGACGAGGAUGAGGAACGCUCUAACGGGAGUCCUGGUGAUGAGGAGGCAAGGGAGUUGCUUUCUAAUGGUGUGGGAGGAGAGCCUCAGGCUGACGAGCAGCUCAAUGAAGAAUGGCAUUCAGAUGGCAGUGGAGAGGACCAGGGGGGCGAGGCUGACCAUCACGACAGCAUCUUCAGUCGUCUGGAAGAGCUUCGCUUCAACCUGGAGCAGCAGAUGGGUUUUGAAAAGUUCAUCGAAGCCUACAACAAGAUUAAGGCUAUACACGAAGAUGAAGAUGAGAGCAUCGAGCUGGGCUCCAGUUUGGUACUGAACAUUUUGGGAACUGAACACCAGCAUCUGUACCCCAACAUCCUUCACUUGGUGAUGGCAGAUGGGGCGUACCAAGAAGACAAUGAUGAGUAAUGUUUUGUGCAGCGGAGCUGCUGGCAGCCAUCUGACGUCUUCCCACAACACUUAAUGUUGAUGAAAGGAUAAAUGCAUGAGGUGUGGCAGCCUCACAUUUCAGAGUGUUGGGCUGAGCUGCAUGGUGUGUGAUGUGUUUCCCUCUGACUAUCAGCACUCUUUUUAUUUUUCUAAAACUGUUUACUGAGAAUCACAUGAUCAGAUCUGUGUUUUAGAUAACCAAAGUUCAUUUUAAGCUUCUGUAAAUGUUGUGUAAAUGUAAAUAUUUCUGUCUGUUGUUGAAUGAGUGGCUUCCAUGUUUCAGCACGUUGAUCAGGAGUGUUUCCUAAUUGUUUCUUUCUGUUGGUAUUGUUAACCAGCAAUACUAACGGGUUCAGUUGGACUGAGAUCCGGUCCUCUCAGGUGCUCUCUUUCUAUGCUCAACCUCAGCAGCGCAAGUCAAACCAGGUCAGCCUCAACAAAAAUGUACCAAACUCCAAAACCAGCUGAACCUUCUUUUCUUACCAGAGUUUUCAAGAAGCCAGAACUUAAAUGUUAGCUAGUUUAUUUUUCCAACUCUCUUACAGUUUGAGUUAACUCUAAUUUAAUAAAUGUUCUUGUGAUCAAAACUAUCACUGAGAUACUGUAGCAACACUGGGUGUUGUGGUGUAAAGCUCAUACUGACUGUAGUAAUUAUAGAAACUGUGAUCCAGAUACUAAUAAUAAAGGUUUGGUUCCACACACUGUAAAUGUUUUUUUUUAUCUAAUAAACAAUUUGUUUUAAAAACCUGAA